CACUAAACUCCAAACUCGCCGUUUUCAUUAUAAAUAUGCUGUUGGUCUUUAACUACACGCCCAUGAGCUUCCCUAAGUUUCGAUUUCCACCGAACACAUGAUUACACAAGCAUCAUUUUAAUCCAGGAAAUGCUUCAGAUUUCUAGGUUCCUCACUGUUUCAUAGUCAUUCACUUUCUGGUAAUUGUAUUCCGGAUUGCAGCAGAUGACCACAAUGAGUCUAACAGAAGCCACACUUCUCCAGGCAGAACUACACAAGCUUGAAUGUCACUUCACCUGGAAGCUGAAAAAAGAAGAGCUGGAUCUUACAGAUCUUUUAAACAGGCUUGAACAACAUGCCGACUUUAACCUUGGCGAGAAAGCAGGACUUGCACAGACAUACAACUCUUUGGGAUAUGUUAAGCAUCUCCUGGGGUCUUCUCAAGACGCACUUGGCUACCUGCAGAAGUGUGUAGAGCUCACUAAAGAGAGCAGGCUGGAUGACUGUGACAAGUGGCUCAUAGUGCCCUAUGGGAAUUUAGCCUGGUUACAGUACCAGUUGAAGUGCUUUAGUGAAUGUGAGAGUUACCUGGAGAAGAUCAGACGUAUUGUACAGGAAUUGCCAGAUUCAUCUUUGGGUCUUUGUCAUCAAGUGCUUGGAGAAAAGGCCUGGGCCUACUUCAAGUUCUCUCGCAAGUACUACAACCAGGCAAAAGAGUGCUUUGAGAAGGUUCUGGAGCUAGAGCCCAUGAAUGCUGAAUGGAAUUGUGGUUAUGCUUUUGUGCUCCACAGAACAGAAACAGAGUGUCCUAGUGUAAGAACAAUUAAACAACUGCGUCAGGCCAUAGACACAAACCCAGAUAAUGAUGAGCUUAAAGCUCUCUUAGCAGUAAGACUUGGUGAAGCCAAGGAGUACAAUGAAGCGGAGAGUUUGGUGGAAGAAGCUCUGGAGGGUUCUCCUAAUGCUCCUAAUGUCAUUCGAUAUGUGGGAAAAUUUUUGAGGAUCUAUGGCUCAGUGGAGAGGUCCAUUGCACUGCUAAAAAGAGUUUUAGAGAAGUCACCCACAUCAGCUUUCAUACACCAUCAGCUUGCUCUCUGCUACAAGAGAAAAGCAAUUACUUUGCAGCGUGAAGGAACUCAAAACUCACCUAGUGCUGGUGCUGAGAUUCAGAGGAGUCGAAGUCAGUGCAUUUAUUAUUUAGACAAGACCACCGAACUAAAGCCUGGCUUCAUUACAGCUAUGAUUGAGCUGGCAAAUCAGUACGGCGAGGAUGGGGAUCUUGAUCGUGCAGAAGAGAUGUUUCAGCAAACUCUGCAUAAAGCUAAAGAGAAAAACGAAUACCUACAGCAGGUGUACCUCUCUUACGGGCAGUUUCAGCAGUACAGAAGGAGAUCCCUACCUGAAGCCAUCACUUGUUAUAUGGAAUGUCUGAAGAUAGAUGAAGGCACUGUAGAUGGGAAGAAAAGUGCUAAACAGCUUGGAAAGAUUAAUGAUAAACGUUCAUCUAAAAGCCCUGUGAGCAGGAAAGACUUGAGGAUCCCUGUGAGUAAAGAAGAGAGAAAUGCAGGACCAUAGGAGGCUGAAGACAUUCUGCAAAAUACUAGUAUUUAUGAAUAUCUAACUAUUCUGUGCAUUCUAUAGGCUGUUUUUAAAGCAGGAUCAUUUGCAUUCUGAUACAAGAGCAGAAUUGCAUUCUGAGUCAUGAUUUACCAGUAAUUUUUGUUUAUUCUACUUGAGUAAAAUAAUAAUUCUUUGUUUAAAGAUGGGAGCAGUAUAAAGUAUUAAACAAGUACCCUUUAUUACGCAAACAGGAAAAAAAUGUUUAUUCAAGAUCAGUACAGACAAUUUUUAUGUCACUGGGCUAAUCUUUAAUUAAUCAUUAUUUAGUUUAAAACAUGUUUAUUGUAAAAGACAUUGUAACUUUUUUCUUUCAUCAAAUAAAGAUGAUAUGUAAAUCUAUCUUAUAAAAAGGUCACUAAAACUAUUUUUUUGUCAAUGUACUUGAUAUGAACACUGACAUAUCAGCUUCCAGUAAUUGUUCAAGUUUGGAGUGAGUUGAAUCAGCACUGCCCUCUAGUGGCAUUAAUUUCUCUUCAAAGCUGAUUCAUAGAAAAAUUAUGACGCUGAUAUUUUUAACCACAGUACAUGUGAGAUACUAGACAUACUAGAGAGAAAAACACAACAAACACAUUCUCAAGUUAUACAGCACUUUUGGAUAAACACUAAAAACAAAAACAAAAAACGAUGCAAUAUGCACCAACUCUAACUCACCUUUUCUGUUUGAACUUUUCAUUCACAAUCUACGAAUGAAAUGCUUUCUAACAGAAAGUUGCCAGAUAGAAAGGGCACAUUAACCGAAUUUCAGACUGUAAAAAUGUGCUGGUACUGCUACAAAUUUUUAUUCCACACUAACUACUGAAGUUUAUGCACCUGCCUUUUUUUUUUUUUUUUUUUUU